ACGACAAUUUAAAAUUUCACUUAUUGUAUUGUUUACAUUUAAUUUGCAUUAACAUAAUUUAUAAUAAAUUAACUACUUACUAAAUUAAAACUAAAAUGCUGCAAAGACUUUUAAAUAAAAACCUAACACAACAAAGCCAUGGAUUACUAUCAAAACUUAGAUUUAAUUUAAAACAUUCUUACUCAACAAGUGGCUCAACUGGACCAAGGAUUUGUAUUGUAGGAGCCGGGCCAGCAGGUUUCUAUGCAGCACAAUAUAUACUAAAAACCCUGCAAGAUUCCAAAGUAGAUGUAAUAGAAAAAUUGCCAGUGCCUUUUGGUUUAGUCCGUUUUGGCGUUGCCCCUGACCAUCCGGAGGUGAAAAAUGUCAUUAACACUUUUACAAAGACCGCUGAUAAUACUCGCUUUAAUUUCUAUGGUAAUGUUACUUUGGGUAAAGAUGUUAGUUUACAGCAAUUACGGGAUAACUAUCAUGCUGUCCUCUUGACCUAUGGUGCCGAUCAAGAUCGUGAAUUGGGUAUAGCAAAUGAAAAGGAAUCAAAUGUUUUGUCGGCUAGAAAUUUUGUUGCCUGGUAUAAUGGUUUACCGGGAGCGGAGAAUCUUAAUCCUAAUUUAAGUGGCAAAUCUGUAACAAUAGUUGGUCAAGGCAAUGUAGCUGUUGAUGUUGCAAGAAUGCUUUUGAGUCCAAUUGAUGUUUUAAAGAAAACCGACAUAACCUCCUACGCCCUAGACACAUUAGCCAGCAGUAAAGUAGAACAAGUAUAUCUAGUUGGUCGUAGAGGACCCUUACAGGUGGCCUUCACUAUCAAGGAACUAAGAGAAAUGUUAAAACUGCCAAAUGUAAGCACACAAUGGAGACAACAAGACUUUGAAGGCGUAGCAGAAGUGGUAGACCAACUAGCCAGACCUCGUAAACGUUUAACCGAAUUAAUGCUCAAAAGUUUAAAAGAACAACCAGCAAUUCCACAACACAAAAGACAAUUUUUACCCAUUUUCAUGAGAUCGCCUAAAUCAUUAGACAACAAUCAACUUAUAUUCAAUGUCAAUCGAAUGCAAGAGGACAAAGCUAUAGCCACCGAACAAGAAGAAUCAUUACCCGCAGAUUUAGUUCUCAGAAGUAUAGGUUAUAAAUCUUCAUGUGUCGAUAGCGGUAUAUGUUUUGAUGCUAAAACAGGAAAAGUUUUUAACCAGCAGGGUAGAGUUUUAAAGUCCCCACAGGAUACAACUAUAGAUAAGGCUUUAUAUGUGGCGGGUUGGUUGGGCACUGGUCCCACAGGAGUCAUCUUGACUACAAUGAAUGUAGCUUUUGCUGUAGCUAAAACGAUAUGUGAUGAUGUUUUAAGUAAAGAUAUUAAUACAGAUGAUCAAAAAUUGGGUCUGCAGCAGUUAUUGAAAACUCAUGCUGUGGUUAACUGGCAAGGUUGGCAAAAAAUUGAUCAAGAAGAAGCUAAGAGGGGACAAUUGGUGGGAAAACCUAGAGAGAAAAUUGUUAAAAUCGAAGAAAUGUUAAAAGUAGCUGGUGUAUGAUAAUCAUAUACAAUUUUUUAACCAACUAAUAGAAUGGUGCUAAAAACAUUUGUUUUAUUAUACAAUAAGCAAACAAAGUUUAUGGUAAAAAUAAAUAGCCGAACAAGUCUAAAGGUUUUAAUGUUAAUAUUUUAUUAGGAAAUUAAAGUAUAUGGGUUUAAUUAUUUUUUUUUAUAUAAAAGGUUAUUUUGUCGGUUGUUACAUUACUAGUAUGAAAUUUAUUAUUAUUUAUAAUUUUGAUAUAAAUUUGUUACAUUCUUCUUUAAGUAGAUUAAAUAAAUUAUAUUUUACCAAAGUGGACUUUAAAUAAAAUGAAAAAAAU